AGGAGGGUAGGGUCGGAAGCUUCUUCACCACCGCCACCGAUUCUUGCUGUUCUUGUGACACCACGAAAUGAGCUGCUGCAGCAACAUCUCCUUUAAUCGUCUCUUCUCACCGGGACCAUCUUCCUUCAUCUCCUCCUCUAAACCAUGCCGGUUGAGAUCCAAUAAUUUUCGGAUAUUUUUCUAUUCUAAUAGCAGGAGGAAGCAAAAAUCUUAUUCAUCCCAGUCAUGAUCGCGGCAGAAAGCUUCUUCCCUCAGGAUAUGCCGGGGAGUUCAGGCGGAGGCUGGUUCCGGAAUGACGGCGGCGGCGGCGGCAAUGGAGGGUUCAAAAUUCGACUAUUCUGGCACGCAAGCAAUGAAGAACAAUGGAAUCAAGACCCCACCUUCUGGUAUAUAGGGAAUACUUUAGAUAAAUGCAUUGGGAUUGCUAAUGAGAUUGGGAAGUUUCCUUUGAUCAUAAGGCUGGCACUGGUGGUGACAUUGCAUAUAACAAGGAGGAGUUUGAGGACAUUUGUAAAGCGGGAUUGGCUGGGAGCUGAACUUCACUGGUUCUGGUGGAGAAAUCUUUGUUGGGGUGGAAAGAAUAUGAGCUUGAGGUGAUGAGGUAUUUGGCUGAUAAUGUUGUGAUUAUAUGUUCUAUUGAGAAUAUUGAUCCAAUGGGGGUGCAUACAGGGGAUUCUAUUACAGUGACACCGGCGCAGACACUAACAGAUAAGGAGUAUCAGAGGCUGCGUGAUUGUUCAAUUAAGAUUAUCGAGGAGAUUGGAGUGGAGUGUGGGGCUCCAAUGUUCAGUUUGCACUUAAUCCUGUGGAUGGAGAGGUGAUGGUGAUUGAGAUGAACCCUAGGGUCUCAAGGUCCUCUGCUUUGGCUUCAAAAGCUACAGGGUUUCCUAUAGCUCAAAUGGCUGCUACGUUAUCUGUUGGAUACACUUUGAAUCAGAUUCCGAAUCCCCUGCUAGUUUUGAGCCUUCCAUUGAUUAUGCGGUCACCAAGAUCAGUUUUUGUACGUGGCUACUAAAUCCAUUCUCCCCUAUGUCUGUUCUUGAAGUUUUGAUGUUGGUGAGCAUGAACUUGCGUCCUCAACAUAGUAGGAUAGGAACAUGCUAUUUAGAUUCUUCUUUCACACUUCACAGUGUCGAUUUGAUUGUGUUUCGUUUCGUCUCAUUUAUAAUAAUCAUUUCUGGUCAUG